AUGCCAUCAGGAGUUAUUUUUAUAAUCUGUAUUCCUUCCAGAAACUACGAACACAUUAUAAAGUUCGGUAAACCAAAAGAUAUCGUGUCCAUAGAUGACUCUUCUAACAAAGAAUAUCAACUACAAGUUGAACUGAGGAAUAAAAAAUCUCGAAGCAUACCAAUACAUCUGACACAAAAUUAUUAUAAUAAAGAAUUCUGUUCGUCUUUGGAAUAUAUUGCAAUAGAUGAUGAAUACAUUACAAUGGAGAGCAUUUUACAAGAACUGCUAAGAAAACUACAUGUCGAAAAUGCGGUGUGGAAAAGUGACAAGAUGGAGAAUUACUUUCAAGUUACGUUCCCUUUGCCGACUGGAGAUGCGUGCGAGACGAUGUUGCACUGCCUCACCAAACUAGGGAUUGGUGUGCGAUGCAAGUCCAUCGUCAAUGUUUUGCCGUGCAACGUGGUGCAUUCUGCAGUUGAAGAAGAGCAAGACGAUGAAGCUUUAUUGCGUAAAAAUGAAGAUGCGCAGCGUUGGCGCAACUUCGUAGAGUCGAUCCGAUCAAAGCUGACGGUAAAACAAGUGGUAGAUGGCGUGCGCGGUGGCGGGGAGCUGUCCUUCGAUUACCUAACUUUAAUCGUUACAGCUGAUUCUCUUGCAGCACUCGGUUUAGUGGAAAACAAUGCGUCAAACAUCGUGGCAGCGAUGUUGGUAUCACCUCUCAUGGGGCCUGUCAUGUCAAUUACCUUUGGCACCAUCAUAGCUGACCGGAGCCUCGUGAGAAGCGGCUUCGAGAGCUUGGUACUCGGAAUGCUCGUGUCUUUAUUAUUUGGAUUUAUAUUUGGCCUGAUUCUUGGGACAACUGAAAUGCCUUGGGGGUUCGGAGACUGGCCUACAGAAGAAAUGAAAUCACGUGGUAACGUGAGGUCUCUAUGGAUGGGUGUCCUUUGGGCACUAACAUCUGGCACAGGCGUGGCGUUAGCUCUACUACAAGGAAGUGCUGGACCACUCAUCGGCAUCGCUAUUUCCGCUUCUCUUUUACCGCCUGUUGUUAAUUGCGGAUUGUUCUGGGCGAUGGCAUGUAUCUGGUUAUUAUAUCCUAAUACGAAAAUACCUCACAUAAAGGGAGAGCCGUAUUACGGCAAUUCGUCGUACGUGCCGCUAUAUCACGACUACAUUCCUAUAGAAUUUGCUGUUAAUGGUAUUGUUAGCUGCUGCCUUACUAUCGUGAAUGUUAUAUGCAUAUUUAUAACCGCGAUUAUGUUCCUGAAGAUCAAAGAGGUAGCUGCUCCCUACACAUCUACACCUGAUCUGCGACGCUUCUGGCAGCAAGACAUCAAAGUAGCGCGCGACGCUAACAGAGCUAAUCUACAAGCCGAAGACGAAGAACGUGUAGAGUUGGUCCUCGAAGAUCUCAACGAGACCGCUGACGCUGAGGUUAAAGAAAAACUAGAGGCAGCUGUAAGAGAAGCCUUGGACGACGACACUUAUCGGAAAGUAAAGCGAAUGAGUUAUCAAAGCCAUAAUGCUGAUGAGGUUUCUCGUACUAUCGGUCUACAAGCACGAACCGGCUCAUUCCGAUCGAGUAUGAUUAAUUCCGGUAUGAGCACGCCUUUGCAUACGAUAAAAGAGAGCGGUAACGCUAACGAUAUUGAGGCGCUAGACAAACUUCUUUCAUCUCUUCUCGGUCUUAGAGAGAGUAGAGGUAGAUCGUUUCGUUCCAACCACGGCACACCCACUAUUAGCAGGGUAUCUUCAUUUCUAAAUAAACAGAAAAGCACUCAAGAAUCACAUCCGGAUAGAAUAUUCCAAGAUAAUAUUAUCCGCAAUGUUAUAAACAAUAUAAAAUCUAAAAGGAACUCUCCAGUUGAUGAACCAUUUCUAACUCCAAACUAA